AUGGGGAAGCUGUCAAAUUUCUUCAGGAAGUUUUCAACAGAUAAGUUCCCCAAGGAUAGUCAAGGCAGGCGACUAAAUGAUCCUAAACCAGUUAAUACUAUAAAACAUGAACAAAGUGGGUCAGGUACAUCGGUGCCUCGCGCACCCCCUUCCGAGACUUCUUUGAGGGCAGCUGACGCUGCUCUUAAUCGGAUCGCUGCACAGCAAGUAAAAUCAAAAUCCGCUAUACAGCGCCAGGUAGAAGCUGAAAGUGCCCGUGCCAGGCAACAGUUACAAGAUGCCGAAGCGACGGCUGCCAAGUUUGCUACAAAUACGAUUGUUGCAGAGACAGGUGGAGCAUUACAAAAGGUUUCAUUUUGGUGUCCUUCUCUACUUGACGACAACUUACGUGGAACCUACGCCGAAGUGGACGCUUCAAUCGAGAGGGCGCUUCUUGACGAAUCCCAGGUCGACCCAGCUGGCGCAUACACUUUACUCGUCAUCCGAAGUAUCGAGGCUAGUCAGUUUCCCACCGCUGUAAAUCCGAACGAUGAGUCUGCUCCCAGUCUCCAAAGCCUUCGUGAGAAGCGAAAACAAAAUUUUAUAACUAUAAUCCGGAAUUUAAUUGAGCAUCCAGAGAAAGAGGCCUUCCGUCGGCUAAGAAUGAGUAAUAAAUUGGUAUCUGACCUUCUGGGACUCAAAUAUGCCACUGAAUUUUUUGAGGUCUGCGGUUUCAGACAAAUGGAGCAGCCAGCAAAUUUAGAAGAUGGAACAUUAAUGGAAAAAUAUCUAGUCUUCCCAGCCGCACCGACAGAUGAACAAUUAUGUCACCUAAAAAGUAUGCUGGACCUCUUCCAGUCUGGUCAGUCCAUUGUUCCCAAACUCUGCCGCGACACAACUGUUCUUAAGGCCACUGGAAACAACUUCCGUGCACUGACUAAGGACGAGCUUCCCCCCGAAUUCUUCUUUGUCUCACGAGACGAUCUCCGUAGGGUGAUGGUGGAACAACAGAAGGAAAUCGAUGAGGGUGGCAUGCUCCUUACCAAGGCCAUGCGCGAACGACUCAAGGUCCGAGAACGCCGCAUCUACCGUUACGUACUUAUUCGAGUCAAAAUCCCAGGCGAUGUGUUGCUUCAGGGCACAUUCAUGGCCUCAGAGACGGUGGAUGAUGUCCGUACCUGGAUCAGCAGUUGCUUUGUGGAUCAAAGUAUCACCUAUCGUUUGCUAGCUCCACCGGGUCAGAUCUCCUCAGCGUCAAGUGGAAACCGCCCAAUGACUGCUUGGGUACCACUCGAUGACUGCGAGUCCACAUCAACGCUAGUUGAUCUUGGCUUGGCCCCUUGUGCCAUAUUGACCCUCUCUCUUGACGGCGAGGCUCAGUUGGGCCAAAAAACAACAACAAUCAAAUUCCUACCAGAGUUGGAACAGCAGAUGCUGCCGCUCACGCAGUAG